AUGGUUCAAAGUGUGGCAAUAAUUGGAGCAGGCAGUUCUGGUCUGAUCUGUAUCAAGACCUGUGUGGAUGAGGGGCUCGAGCCCGUCUGCUUUGAAAGCAGUGAUGACAUUGGGGGCCUGUGGAAUUUUAAGGAGACACCUGAGCCAGAGCAAUCCGGCAUCUACCACUCCUUGGUGGUAAAUACCUCCAAAGAAAUGAUGUGUUUCAGUGACUUUCCCAUGCCUGCUGACUAUCCAAACUACAUGCAUAACUCCCAGCUUCUGCAGUACCUCAGGCUCUAUGCUGAACAUUUUGACCUGCUCAGAUACAUUAAGUUUCAGACCACAGUGAAGCGUGUUUCACAAAGGCCAGAUUUCUCUCUGUCCGGUCAGUGGGACAUAGUGACCAUAAACAGCAAUGGAGAGGAAGAACGGCACAUCUUUGAUGCCGUUCUGGUGUGCUCAGGUCACUACACCCAUCCAGUCUUACCGUUGACUGACUUUCAAGGGCAUGAAACUUUUUCUGGCAGGUGUCUUCACAGCUGGGAAUAUAAAGAUGCAGAUGUCUUCAGAGGAAAGAGGGUGGUGGUGGUUGGCAUUGGCAAUUCUGGAGGAGAUAUUGCUGUGCAGAUUAGCAGAUCUGCCAAGAAGACCUUUCUCAGUACACGCCAAGGGGCCUGGGUAGUUGGCAAGAUGUCCACCAGUGGUCUUCCUAUCGACAUGGCAGGAAUUAAGAGGAUCAACAAUAUCCUCAACUGGCUGCUACCCAACACUUUGGUCAACUGGGCAGUAGAGAGAGCACUGAACAAAAAAUAUGACCACAGAUUGUACGGUCUAAAACCAAAACACAGACCUAUGGAUAGAAAGCUUUUGAUCAAUGACGAUCUCCCUGGCCAAAUCCUUCAGGGGGCACUAGCCAUGAAGCACAAUCUGAAAGGGUUCAAGGACUCAGGAGUUGUAUUUGAAGAUGGCACAGUGGAGGAGAACAUUGAUGCUGUGGUGUUUUGCACAGGUUAUGUUGCAAAGUUCCCAUUCCUGCCCUCAACUCUGUCAGGACCCAAUGAAGAGGUGACACUGUACAAGAGACUGUUUCCUCCUUCCCUGCAACAUCCCACACUGGCCAUCAUGGGACUUUUCCAAUUAAAAGGUCCAAUCAUGCCUACAGUAGAAAUGCAGGCACGGUGGGCUGUUAGGGUCUUUUUAGGUCUGAGUCGUCUUCCAUCGAAGGAGAAAAUGCUGGAUGUCAUUGAGUCUGAAAGGAGGAAAAACAUGCAAAGCUAUCCCUGUCCAAAAAAGGCUGCUCUACAGGUAGAUUACAUCUCAUAUCUGGAUUUUAUGGCUGGGGAGGUAGGUGUUCGACCAAAACUCCUGAGACUUUUUCUGAGCGAUCCUAUGCUCUGGGCAAAGGUCUUCUUUGGUCCCUGCACUCCUUUUCAGUAUCGUCUCAGUGGACCUGGAAACUGGCCCGGUGCCAGACAAGCUAUCCUCACUCAGUGGGAGCGAGUUGCUCAGCCAUUCAGAACUAGAGAAGUACCAGAGAAGACCAGCAGAUUUGCUUUGUGCUCUCUAUUGCUGCUCAUAUUUGCAGGAACUGUGAUCAUGGCUGUGCUUCUGUCCAGAAACAAGAUCUGAAAGGUGCUACUGGGUGAUGAGCCUGCAGAGGAGGACAGAGGGACCUGAGGCCACUGAGGCUCACAGAUGCCAAAAAACUGAAUCACAAAAAAAAAAAAGUUUUAACAUCAUGCACAUCGCAGUACAGUUGGAACAAGAUAAACGAUUAUUACGUGGUUCAAAUAAACUUGGAUCAGUUAAAGCGUGAAAGCAAAAGCAAGUCAAUAGAGACAAAAGAUAACUGAAUAUGAUUUUUUAUUAAAUGUUUAAUGAUACAUAACAAUACAUCACAUGAAUUCUGAUUAACUUUUCUGUAACAUCACUCCUUAAUAUGUCAAAUGGCCUGCAGUUCAUAACAAGCUCCACGGGGUGUAGAUGCAUCACCAAAUGCAGAUCUUAAUGUAGAUGCACCAUCAAAUAUCUUUGUUUACUUAAGCAACUUUUUUUUUAAUUAUAUUUUUGAGUUUCUAUUAAAGACACAAAUGAUUUUUUUAAAUUAAGUAUCAGUUUCUUACAGAGUGAGAAGAAAUUUGACAGAAAUGCAAACUGUCAUUUCUACAUGUAAACCUACUCAUAUAAGGUGUUAUGUAAAGGAUGGCAUGCACUGUAACACUGAAGGAUGAAAACUCAUUUUUGCAAAAAGAUAUUAUCGCAUUUAGUAUUGAAGAUGAUGGCUGAGCGUAACAUUUAACAUAU